GGUCGGUGGUGAGGGGCGACAGCGGCUGUGCCGGCAGGGCGGCAGCGGUGGGCGAGUGCGGCCGCAGUAGCGGGCGGCAGAGCGGAGCUGCCUGGUAGUGCCGCUGCUGCCGGAACCUGCCACGGGAGCAACAGAGUCCUGCAGCGUUUGAAGAAGUUGGAUUCCAUGGGUUCCAAGAGGCGAAGGGCUACUUCUCCUUCCAGCAGUGUCAGUGGAGGAGAUUUUGAUGAUGGUCACCACUCAACAAAUACACCAGGCCCGAGCAGGAAAAGGCGGAGACUGUCUAAUCUCCCAACUGUAGAUCCUAUUGCAGUGUGCCAUGAACUGUACAACACAAUCAGAGAUUACAAAGAUGAACAGGGAAGACUCCUUUGUGAACUUUUCAUUAGGGCACCAAAACGAAGGAAUCAGCCAGACUAUUAUGAAGUGGUUUCUCAACCUAUUGAUUUAAUGAAAAUCCAACAGAAACUAAAGAUGGAGGAAUAUGAUGAUGUGAACCUGCUGACUACUGACUUUCAGUUGCUGUUUAAUAAUGCGAAGGCUUACUAUAAGCCUGAUUCUCCUGAGUAUAAAGCUGCCUGCAAACUGUGGGAAUUAUAUUUGCGCACAAAGAAUGAAUUUGUUCAGAAAGGAGAUGCUGGAGAGGAGGAUGAUGAUGAUGAAGGACAUGACAAUCAAGGGACAAAUUCUGAAACACCUUCUCCAGGUUACUUGAAGGAGAUUCUUGAACAGCUUCUUGAAGCUAUAGCUGUAGCCACAAACCCAUCAGGACGUCUAAUUAGUGAGCUGUUUCAGAAACUUCCCUCUAAAGUGCAAUAUCCUGACUAUUAUGCAAUAAUUAAAGAGCCCAUAGAUCUUAAGACAAUUGCCCAGAGGAUACAGAAUGGAACUUACAAAAGUAUUCAUGCAAUGGCCAAGGAUAUAGAUCUUUUAGCAAAGAAUGCCAAAACAUACAAUGAGCCUGGAUCUCAAGUAUUCAAGGAUGCAAAUGCAAUUAAAAAAAUAUUUAAUAUGAAAAAGGCUGAAAUUGAACACAGCGAGUUGGCCAAAUCAAGUCUUCGAAUCAGGACGCCAUCAAACUUGGCUGCUUCCAAGCUGACAGGUCCUUCCUCGCAGGGUAAGGGCAGUGUUGGUGAUGAGAGAAAUUCUGCUAACAAAUAUUACCGUAACAAGAGAGCAGUCCAAGGAGAUCGUUUAUCAGCAAUAACCAUGGCACUGCAGUAUGGAUCAGAAAGUGAUGAGGAUGCUGCUUUGGCAGCUGCUGCCCGUUAUGAAGAAGGAGAGUCUGAAGCAGAGAGCAUUACUUCCUUUAUGGAUACUUCUAACCCUCUUUAUCAGCUUUAUGAUACAGUUAGGAGCUGUCGAAAUAACCAAGGCCAGCUUAUAUCAGAACCGUUUUUCCAUCUGCCUUCCAAGAAAAAAUAUCCUGAUUAUUAUCAGCAAAUCAAAACACCUAUUUCAUUGCAGCAGAUCAGAACCAAAUUGAAGAACCAUGAAUAUGAAACUCUAGACCAACUGGAGAGUGACCUAAACUUAAUGUUUGAAAAUGCUAAACGCUACAAUGUCCCCAACUCAGCCAUUUAUAAGAGAGUUCUGAAAAUGCAGCAGGUUAUGCAGGCAAAGAAGAAGGAGCUAGCUAGGAGAGAUGACAUUGAGGAUGGAGAUAGUAUGAUCUCUUCUGCUACAUCUGAUACUGGAAGUUCAAAAAGAAAAAGUAAAAAAAAUAUAAGGAAACAGAGAAUGAAAAUUUUGUACAAUGCAGUCCUUGAAGCUCGAGAGCCAAGCACAGGCAGAAGACUCUGUGAUCUGUUUAUGGUUAAACCCUCCAAAAAGGACUAUCCAGAUUAUUAUAAAAUCAUUUUGGAGCCAAUGGAUUUAAAAAUGAUUGAGCAUAAUAUCCGCAAUGAUAAAUACUCAGGGGAGGAAGCUAUGAUUGAAGAUAUGAAGCUAAUGUUCCGAAAUGCAAGGCACUAUAAUGAGGAAGGCUCACAGGUAUACAAUGAUGCUCAUAUGCUGGAGAAGAUCCUUAAAGAAAAAAAGAAGGAACUUGGACCUCUGCCAGAAGAUGAUGAUAUCACUUCCCCUAAAUUAAAGCUAAGUAGAAAAAGUGGUAUUUCCCCUAAAAAAUCAAAAUACAUGACUCCAAUGCAGCAGAAACUGAAUGAGGUAUAUGAAGCAGUGAAGAACUAUACCGAUAAACGAGGAAGGAGACUAAGUGCCAUCUUCCUGAGGCUCCCAUCUCGAUCAGAACUUCCUGACUAUUAUGUAACCAUUAAAAAGCCAGUUGACAUGGAAAAGAUCAGAAGCCACAUGAUGGCCAACAAGUAUCAGGAUAUCGAUUCCAUGGUAGAAGACUUUGUAAUGAUGUUCAAUAAUGCCUGCACUUAUAAUGAGCCAGAAUCUCUGAUUUAUAAAGAUGCCUUGGUCCUACAUAAAGUUUUACUUGAAACAAGAAGAGAGAUAGAAGGAGAUGAGGAUUCACAUGUCCCCAAUGUAACAUUACUAAUCCAGGAACUUAUCCAUAACCUUUUUGUGUCUGUAAUGAGCCAUCAGGAUGAUGAGGGCAGGUGUUACAGUGACUCUUUAGCUGAAAUUCCUGCUGUUGAUCCCAACUUUCCAAACAAACCACCUCUGACUUUUGACAUUAUCCGAAAGAACGUUGAAAAUAAUCGCUACAGGAGAUUAGACUUGUUUCAGGAGCAUAUGUUUGAGGUACUGGAAAGGGCAAGGAGGAUGAACCGGACUGAUUCAGAGAUUUAUGAGGAUGCAGUAGAACUUCAGCAGUUCUUUAUUAAAAUCCGUGAUGAACUCUGCAAAAAUGGAGAGAUUCUUUUGUCACCAGCACUUAGCUAUACCACCAAGCAUCUUCACAACGAUGUAGAAAAAGAAAAAAAGGAAAAACUACCAAAAGAAAUAGAAGAGGAUAAGCUCAAACGAGAGGAAGAGAAAAGAGAAGCUGAAAAAAGUGAAGAUUCUGCUGGAGGAACUGGUCUGUCAAGCUUGCAUCGGACCUACAGCCAGGAUUGCAGCUUUAAAAAUAGCAUGUACCAUGUUGGGGAUUAUGUCUAUGUAGAACCCGCAGAAGCCAAUUUACAACCUCAUAUAGUCUGUAUUGAGCGGUUGUGGGAAGAUUCAGCAGGAGAAAAAUGGUUAUAUGGCUGUUGGUUUUAUCGGCCAAAUGAAACGUUCCAUCUUGCAACACGAAAAUUUCUGGAAAAAGAAGUUUUUAAGAGUGACUAUUAUAAUAAAGUUCCUGUUAGCAAGAUUUUAGGAAAAUGUGUGGUCAUGUUUGUUAAGGAGUAUUUUAAAUUAUGUCCAGAAACCUUUAGAGAUGAAGAUGUCUAUGUCUGUGAGUCACGUUAUUCUGCAAAGACAAAGUCUUUUAAAAAGAUUAAAUUGUGGACUAUGCCCAUUAGCUCUGUAAGGUUUAUCCCACGAGAUGUACCUCUGCCUGUGGUCCGUGUUGCUUCUGUAUUUGCUAAUACAGACAAAGUGGAUGAAGAAAAACACGGUGAAAAUUUAGAAGAUAAUAAAGCAGGAGAUGGUAUCCUUCAUCUUGAAAAGGAGAAAGAAGAUGUUCCAGUGGAAAUGUCAAAUGGAGAACCUGGUUGCCACUACUUUGAACAGCUCUGUUAUAAUGAUAUGUGGCUUAAGGUUGGCGAUUGUGUCUUUAUAAAAUCACAUGGCUUGGUGCGGCCUCGGGUGGGAAGAAUUGAAAAGAUGUGGGUACGGGAUGGAGCUGCAUAUUUUUUUGGUCCAAUCUUCAUACAUCCUGAAGAAACUGAACAUGAACCAACUAAAAUGUUCUACAAGAAGGAAGUGUUUUUGAGUAACCUAGAAGAGACCUGUCCUAUGACAUGCAUCCUGGGAAAGUGUGCUGUGUUAUCUUUUAAGGACUUCCUUUCCUGUCGACCAACAGAGAUCUCUGAAAAUGAUGUUUUUCUUUGUGAGAGUCGCUAUAAUGAGAGUGACAAGCAGAUGAAGAAAUUUAAAGGGCUUAAGAGGUUUUCGCUUUCUGCAAAAGUAGUAGAUGAUGAAAUUUACUAUUUUAGAAAACCCAUAGUUCCACAGAAGGAACCAUCUCCACUACUGGAGAGAAAGAUUCAGCAGCUAGAAGCAAAAUUUGCUGAGUUGGAAGGGGGUGAUGAGGAUAUUGAAGAGAUGGGAGAUGAAGAAGGUGACAUCUCUGAAGCACCUUCUAUGCCUCAACUUCAGACUCCACUGGCUAGUGAAUUGGAUAUAAUGCCGUACACUCCACCACAGUCCACUCCCAAGUCUGUUAAAGGAAGUGCCAAGAAGGAGGGAUCGAAAAGGAAGAUCAACAUGAGUGGUUACAUCCUAUUUAGCAGUGAGAUGAGAGCUGUGAUUAAAGCUCAGCACCCAGAUUACUCUUUUGGAGAGCUCAGCAGGCUCGUAGGAACUGAAUGGAGAAACUUGGAAGCAACCAAGAAAGCAGAAUAUGAAGAGCGGGCAGCUAAAGUUGCUGAGCAGCAGGAGAGAGAGCGAGCAGCACAGCAACAGCAGCAGAAUUCCUCCCCCCGGGCAGGCACUCCUGUCGGGGCUCUUAUGGGGGUGGUGCCGCCACCAACACCAAUGGGAAUGCUCAAUCAGCAGUUGACACCUGUUGCAGGCAUGAUAGGUGGCUAUCCACCGGUGCUGCCACCUUUGCAGGGCCCACUUGAUGGCAUUGUUAGCAUGGGCAGCAUGCAGCCACUUCACCCUGGGGUGCCCCCACCCCACCAACUUUCGCCAGGUAUGCCAGGCAUCCCACCACCGGGUGUUAUAAGUCAAAAUGUAUCUUCCAUGGUAGGCACUCCAGCACCAGGAGGAAGCCCGUUUGGACAGCAGAUGGGAAUUCUUGGGCCACCCAGCCAGCAAGCACCACCUCCGUAUCCAGGUCAAAGCCCAGCAAGUCAGCCAGUUAUGCAGCAGCCCACAACUCCAAUGUUUGUUUCCCCUCCACCAAAGACACAGAGGCUUCUUCAUUCUGAGGCCUACCUGAAAUAUAUUGAAGGGCUUAGUGCUGAAUCAAAUAGUAUUAGCAAGUGGGACCAGACCCUUUCAGCACGAAGACGAGAUAUGCAUCUUACAAAAGAACAAGAGAGCCGUCUUCCUUCACACUGGUUGAAAAGUAAAGGGGCCCAUACCACAAUGGCAGAUGCACUGUGGCGCCUUCGAGACUUGAUGCUACGAGACACCCUGAACAUCCGUCAAGCAUACAAUAUAGAAAAUGUUUAAUCACAUAAAUUGCUUCUUUGAUACCAACAUAUGAGAAGUUUUGUGGAACAAAAGCUGUUUUAGUUGCUGGGUGGGGAGAGAACAAACAAUAAUUUUUAUUGCAUUUUACUGUACAUUGCAAGACCAUUUUUAUAUAAGAACAUUUUUAAUAAGCAUAUUUCACUUUUUGUUAUAUUAAGUUGACUUUAUCAAAUACACAAAUUUUUGCAUAUGUUUCCUUUAUUUGAAAGGCGAUUUCAUAUUUGGUUUUGUGUAGUCAAGAUUUCAUCUUUCUUAUACUAUAUUGCUGAAAACCUGAUGCCAUCAACUUUUUAUAUAAAAAAAGAAAAGCAAAACAAAUAAGUAUUUACAGAUUAGUUCAGAAGUACAAUGGAAUGUGAAAUUAGUCAUAGUUUACAUCUUAGAAGAAUGUAUGUACAUGUGCUUGUUUGUAUUAGCCACUUCCAGCAGAAGUGUCACUUGGAUGUGAACAUAAGCUUUAUUUAAAUAAAUAAAGGAAAAGGUAAGGGGUGCACUGACACUAGGAAAAAUCAGAUUGUAGUUCAUUACCAAUAAAGCUCCACACGUAGCAAUGGUGGAAGUGCUAGUGUAGACAGGAUACAGGUGUGUUGACUGCUGUGUUAUCCAACCCUGUCCAAUUAUUUGAUGGUGUAGACAAGGCCAUUGUGAUCUCGAAUCAGUUACAGAAUAUUUAUGCAUACUUAACCACAAAUGAAUGCAUUUGAAAGGUGAAAUGCUUUAUCUGCCAAGACCUGUCAUCAGGGUUCUGUGACAACUCCUAAAGCAGUGUAGGGAGUUGCAUUUCCUGUGCGGUUCUAGACUCUUUAAUUGCAAGAGAAACGCAGAGCAUUGAAUUUAUUCAGAUCUUGGAAGGUAAGUAAAAGAGGGGGUAAAUUUUCAGCAAUGUUGUUUAAAAAUAUAUGUGAUGUUAAAAUUGAUGUGUUCUGUUUAAUGAUUUGGUAUUUGUAAGACUUUUUUGUGGUUUUUAAGUGACUUAGUUCACCUUCAUCAAAGUACUACAUUGCAGAUGAAAAUAAUUUUGACACGCACAUUUAGCUUUAAAAUAAAAUAAUGCGGUGUGUGCAAAAUCAGCACAAUCUAUAUCAGAGUUUAUAGUUGGAAAGAAUAGGCUACUUGCAUUACAAGCUUUUUCUUAAUUACUAGGUACACGUAGUGUCUAUCCCAGUUUGAGGGUUGUGAUAUCUUUCUGUUCAGAAUUACCAGUCAGUUUAAACCAACCUACCUACCUUUUUAACUGCAAAGCUGCUUAUCAAAGUUAAAUCCUUUUAUGAUACUUCAUCUGUUUUCAAAAGAAGAUUUUGGAUUGUAGCAAAUAAUAGAAAAAUAUAUGGGAAACAAUGUUACUUUAAAAAAUUGAGUAGGGUGAUCAUUGAAUCAAAUGAUCAAGCCAUAAGAGCUAAUUUAUUGAUAUGUCCUCAUCUAAGGAGUGAGUGAAGUACUUAUUACGUAUUUUAAAAACCCAGAAUAGAAAUGUCGUCUUUGAGUACAGUGGGCCAAACCUUAAAUUUUUGCUUUCAAAUUGAUAACAUUUUGGGAUAAUAUCCUUAUUACAAAGAUAAAGGAAAGUGCCUUAUGCAAGUAUAAAUUGUGACUAAUCUUAUGCAUUUAGUUAAUGUUUUCUAGUAGUCGCAACUGGAAAACUAAAUCUUUAAACAUUACUGAUGUAAAGGAACUGUAGGUAAACAGUGUGCAGAGAAACUAUAUUUGUAAUUUUGAGCCCUACCAGUAAUGCGCCCAUGGUAUAUUAACCCUUUCUUUAGUUUACCAGCCUUUUUAAUUGCCAACUUUGUUUAAUAGUGUAGAAAUAUUUUGCAAACAUUUUGAAAUCCAUAUAUACAUAGUAUAAUUUUAAUAUACAUUCACAUGGUGAUCAGCUUUGCAGUUAACAAACACAAAGAUGGAACAUGGAGCUGAAACAGAUAAGCAGUAAAUGAUAGUUUUUGGGUGUUUAGAACCAUCAUGGAUUGUAUUAAUAAAGUCAAAUCUCUUUUUAAGCAUUUAACAAAGUUACACCAAAGAGCCUGGAAUUAACUUUACUUAAGUUAUUUUUUAUUUAUUUGAAUUUUUCUUUUGAGGACUGGAUGGUACUCCCUAUUGAGCCUAUAAAAUUCAGGUCUUUAAUUUGUCAUAAAGGUCAGUGUUGGUCAACUUGUAGCAUUGCAUCUUUCUCAUCCAGUGGGCUUGGGGGGCACUGCCUUCACUGCUUCUCCUGGCCCUGGAGCAAGAGAUUGGAACUGUAAACAUCCUGGGUCUCCUGUACGGCAGUGCAGAGCACUACCAAUAGGCCACUAGGCUGGUCCUAAUCAAUUAUAUUAAACUUUGUUUAUUUAUUUCAAAAUCAUGUUUCUGUAUGCUGGGGGCAUUUCAGUGGAGAAUGCAGUAAAAUUUAGCAUUUAAUUACUAUAAUCUAGAAUUUCACAGGCAGCAAAAGAAACUUUUCUAACUCUGAAUAGUUUAAAAGAAGAUGUUUCUCUUUGUGGGCAUUUGAACCCAUCACUUGUUUUUCAUUGCCACUCAUUGUAUUGGCAUAAAUGAAAGUUUAAUAUUAAAAUAAAAGUAUGUAUGGGAAAUGGUUGGCUUCUGUAAGAAUGAAAAAUAGAUUAAUAUAGGAUUUGUAUUUUAGUAAACCAGUUGGAGGCCGUGAAUUAUUCAUUUCUUUUCCUCGUUCCUUCCCUCUCUUCCCUCCAAGAGAAAAUUUACGAUGGGUGUUUAUGUAAAAGAAAAAAAAAGCUCUGAUUUUUUUGGUAUCGGUGAUCUUUUCAAUAUAUGUAUUCGGACCUGGUUAAUCCAUUCUGGGCUUUUCCUUACAUCUGUGUACCCAAAAAGUUUGUGGUAACCAGGCUUUUAACAUGUAUGUACCAUCAACUUGCUUAUCUGAGGCUUUUUAGUUUUAAUAAAAAUAGUUUACAAAGUGA